CAAACAUGUGGCCACUCUCACUUUAGACUCUCUGGGACUUGUACAAUAACAAAGCCUCAUCAGCUAAAUGGACACCCUGCAGCUAACUAGACUACCUCUGGAGCCAAUAGAAGAAGAGUCAAAGCAAGAAGAUGAAUCUGAAGGAGCAGACAGAGAAGAAGAGAAUUUAGAGUCUCAAGUGGAUGCUGAGACCGAGGAGGUAGUCGCUGAAAAUGAAAGAGGAGAAGAAGAAGAAGGAGAAAAUGAUGAUGAUGGGAGUUUCCUUUUUCUGAGACCAGGACGGGUCUCUCGUUCUGUAAGCCAGAAGAGUUUCAUUCAAAUUCAAUCUGACAACCAGGUGAAUGAAAAUAAUUCAGUGUCAGAUUUGAGCGCCCGUGCUCCAGAUCUGAGCGAUGACGACGUUCCGCUACCAAAGUCAGCAAAAGAGAAGCGUUCAAGUGGAGAGAAGCUGAGACUGAAGGUCUCCAAGAAAUACUGGAAAAAACAGACAAGUAACUCAUCAAGGAAAAGGAAAAGAAAAAUCAACAAGGAGCUGGGCUCCCACUGCCAGUGA